CUUCCCUCUUCAUAACCUACCCUCUCCUUCUCCUCUCCUCUCCCUUCCUUCGCCAAAUAGAUACAAAAAUACAACACAUAAAAUAUGGCGCCGAGAGAAAAACAAUCGCCGAACGCCGUUAAUUGCGGUAUCGGAGGAGUUAACAGCAAAGAGACGCGUUUUAGAGGCGUGAGGAAGAGGCCUUGGGGCCGAUACGCCGCCGAGAUCAGAGAUCCCGGCAAGAAGAGCCGCGUCUGGCUGGGCACCUUCGACACGGCCGAGGAGGCAGCGCGUGCCUACGACGCGGCGGCGCGUGAGUUCCGCGGCGCCAAGGCAAAGACCAACUUCCCUGCCCCCGUGGAACUCACUGCCGUCAGCAACGCUCGGAGCCCUAGCCAGAGCAGCACCGUCGAGUCCUCCAGUUCUACGCCGCCGACCGCCGCAGCUCCGCUUCUGCAGCCGUCACUCGACCUCAACCUCGGCGUUCUUCCGACGGCGAGUCCCGUGCUCUUUCUCGACGCGAUUUCGCGGUCUGAUGUCAUGAAUAAGCAUCUCAACAUGUUCAGAAUCAACCGAUCGAUUGCAGACUUACCUCACACAAUCGCUGGCGGUGUCCAGAGCGACUCCGAUUCCUCUUCCGUUGUUGAUUUCAAUUACUCCGACCGCAGUCCACCUAGAGCGCUCCUCAAUAUCAAUCUCAACAUUCCUGAUCUCAACCUUCCUCCCCCGGAAGUCGUCUGAUCUAGCCGGAAACUCCGUCGCCGCCGGAGGCUCUGAUCUUUCAUCGUCUGUUUACAGUUUUCGGACUCCAUUCAUCUUUUCUUUUUCUUUUUUGGUUUCAAAAUAUUAAAAAAAAAAAAAAAAAAGAGUAGGGAGAAAACUAGAGAGAGAAAACGCAGCCUGACAUUGCAUCGAUGUGCUGUUAUUUAGAUAUAUAUAUAUUUAUGUAAAUAGAUAAACCAAUGUCUCCUUUUUUGCAACUGAGGAAUAAAUGGUUUCUCAGAUGUUGGUUAAUGGAAUCUAAUCUAUCACCGUUGAUCGCUGUUUUUGUUUCUAUAAAACAAUUCAAUAGAAGACAAUGAAUCAUUUGUUUA